UUUCCUUUUUCAUCUUCCCCAUCACAAUAUUUUUCUAUUUCAAAUUUUCAAUUCACCUCCUUCUUCUUCUUCUUCUUCCAACAAACCCAGCAAAAAUGCAGACCAAAACCCUAAUAGCUCACCCUCCUCACCCCCGUCGUCUCCUUCCAAACCCUAACCGCCACUACUCCCUUCCCCAACCUUCGUUCUCACCCUUCUCCUUCACGCCGCGCUUGAAUGCCACGCGCCAACUUCCGAUAUUGCGCUCCUCGGCGCCAAUACGGCGUCGUAACAGGCUAUUAACAGCUUUUGUUAGCGAAAACCUCGAUGAAGGAAACGACGACGCUUUGGAGGUGGUUAAGGUUGAGGAAUUGGAGAGUCGGAGCAUAUGGAAUCAGAUGAAGGAGAUUGCAAUGUUCACUGGACCCGCUACUGGGCUUUGGUUGUGCGGCCCACUUAUGAGUCUGAUUGACACUGUCGUCAUCGGUCAGGGAAGCACAAUCGAGCUUGCUGCUUUAGGCCCUGGAACUGUAAUGUGUGACUAUAUGAGUUAUGUGUUCAUGUUCCUUUCUAUUGCAACUUCAAACAUGGUUGCCACUUCGCUUGCAAGACGGGACAAGAAUGAAGUGCAACAUCAGAUAUCUAUCUUGCUUUUUCUUGGAUUGGCAUCUGGCUUCUUAAUGCUUUUAUUUACAAGAUUCUUCGGUUCAUGGGCACUAACUGCUUUUACUGGAUCAAAGAAUGCAGAGAUUAUUGCUGCAGCAAAUACAUACGUUCAGAUACGAGGAUUCGCAUGGCCGGCACUCCUUGUUGGUUGGGUUGCUCAGAGUGCAAGCCUUGGCAUGAAAGAUUCUUGGGGUCCUUUGAAGGCCUUGGCCGUGGCCAGUGUUAUAAAUGGUGUUGGUGAUGCACUCCUGUGCAGCUAUUUAGGCUAUGGUAUAGCUGGUGCAGCAUGGGCAACUAUGGUUUCACAGGUUGUUGCAGGAUAUAUGAUGAUUGAAGCUCUGAACAAAAAAGGUUACGAUGGCUAUGCCAUUUCUGUUCCAUCGUCCAAGGAACUUCUAACAGUACUUGGGCUUGCUGCUCCAGUAUUUAUAACAUUGAUGUCAAAGGUAGUUUUCUACUCUCUCCUUAUCUAUUUUGCGACGUCUAUGGGAACACAUACCAUGGCUGCUCAUCAGGUCAUGAUACAAACAUUCUGCAUGUGUACAGUGUGGGGUGAGCCUCUCUCUCAAACUGCACAAUCGUUUAUGCCGGAAUUUCUAUUUGGAGUGAAUCGUAGUUUGCCUAAGGCCCGCACAUUGCUCAAGUCACUUAUCAUCAUCGGAGCUAUACUUGGUUCAGUAUUAGGAAUAGUUGGAACAUGUGUUCCAUGGUUCUUUCCCAGUAUCUUUACACCUGAUCAAAAGAUCAUACAAGAGAUGCAUAAGGUGCUAAUACCAUAUUUCCUUGCAUUAGUUGUGACGCCCCCUACUCACUGCCUUGAGGGAACAUUACUGGCUGGACGAGAUCUGAGAUUUAUUAGUCUGUCAAUGAGUGGAUGCUUCUCUUUGGGUGCACUUCUAUUGCUGCUUGUGAGCAGUAGAGGAUUUGGUUUGUCAGGCGUCUGGUGGGCAUUAGCAGGAUUUCAAUGGAGUCGGCUGUUACUCUCUCUACACCGUCUUAUAUCCUCGGAUGGGAUACUCUACUCUGAAGUUGUGAGCCCGUAUAAACUGGAAAAGGUCAGAGCUGUUUAGUGUAGGAAUAGAUGAAUACGUGAGAUAAAUGGUAACUUCUUGAUAGGGAUCAAAAUUCAUGUUUUGAUGUUGCUGCUUUAUCGAAGAUCUAUACACAGCCAGUGGCGAAGAGGCUGCCCCUAUUUUUUUCAUGUGCAAUAUGAGGCUGCCUCUAUUUAUUUAUCUACAACGCGCUGGAAGUGGACGCGAGGUGCUACCUCUAGAUUCAUGAACAGAUAGAGCCAAUGCUGGUCUCACGAUUUAGUAUGUCUAAGCAGCACCUUGUUCUCUUUGAUCACUUGUUGUAAUUGUUAUUUACCUUACAAAAUUAGUAAUUAAAAGUUCCUGACCCGGGUUCAAGAUGUCUUGUAUA